AACUGUGAAAAUGAAUAUUUAUUGUUUAUGGACAUAUAUACUGUGUAUGUAUGUGAUAAUAAUAAUAGUUAUAUAUGUUUAAUCAUGGAAGACUAGAAAAUGCUGGCUGAUUAAUCUUGAUGAAAAAUGACAAUCGAAAAAAAUGAUUGAAAAAAAAAUAUUUAAGGCUGUCGAGUCGAUAGUUGAUGUGUAUAUAUUUGGUAAGCAUAUAAGAAGAAAAGAUGAUGUCCCAAAGUGUGUUUACAAUGAUGAUGGUGGUGGUGGUGGUGGUGGUGGCGGCAGUAGUAGAUUAUUAUUCAACAGUUUGUGUUCCAAUAUGACUCAUGGUAUAUAUGGCUUGUAUGUUGUGACAUGGAAAAAAAGAUCACGAUCAAUGUGAUCAUAGGGCAAACAUAUCUAAUUUUUUUUGUUGUAUGUAAAGCAAGUUAUAGCUCAUUUAUUUAUCAUCGAAUGCUCAUGAUCAUUGAUAUUUCCGAAUGAAUAUAUAUCAUUUAUUGCUGAUAAUCCUCUUCUGAAAAUAAACAUUAAACAGACCAUUCUGAAUUAUUUGAAUUUUUUUUCAUUGGUGAAUGUGAAUGAUUUGGUGAUCGAUUGUUGCAUGCACGGAAACUUGAAAAAAAAAAUUUUUGAUUAUAUUCCAAACUACAAAAUUUCAAUAUGUGAUCGAUUGAUUAUUAUCUAAAUAUUUAUUUCUCUACAGUAUUAUUUUUCUCAUUUUUAUCGAAAUAUGGUAGGCGGUAAUCCAUUGCCUCAUGGAUAGAAGAAAAAUUUGAAAAAUUUGAUUUGAUUUUCAACUCAAUAUUGGUGUAAUUUAUAUUUAGUUUCAAGUUCAUUAUCAUUUGAUGGUCAUUAUUAUUAGACAAAGAAUUAAUGUUGUUGAUUUAUUUCGAUCAUAAUGGAGAGUGAAAUGAAUGAAACCGAUCCUUUAUUGAUAAAUACUGACCGUCGUGAUGAUGAAAUAAACAAUAUCGAAAACAAUCAUCUAAUCGAAUCAGAACAAUCAUCUGGCCAAUCAUUGGGAUUCUUAUCUGUCAUAUUCCUGACUGUUAAUGCUACAUUGGGUGCUGGUCUAUUGAACAUACCGUAUUCAUUCGAUAAUUCUGGUGGAAUCAUAUUCGCUUUAAUUUUACAAUUGAUUCAUGUUGCAUUGGUCAUCUGUUCGUUGAUGAUUAUUAGUUUCGCCACUAAAAUCUCCAAAGUGAAUUCGUUGCAAAAUUUGGUUGGAUAUUUUUGCGGUCCGUCAUGGUCAAAUUUAUGUGCAUGUUCAAUUUUCAUCUAUUCAUAUGGUGCAUGUAUUACGUAUCUAAUUGUCAUCGGUGAUCAAUUUGACAAAAUACUAGAAUUUUAUUAUGGAGCUGACUAUUACAGAUAUUGGUAUCUACAUCGAGAUUUUCUUGUCAUGACCAUUGCCAUCAUAGCCAUUCUACCGCUUUGUAUAUCGAAAGAUAUUUCAUUUCUUAGAUUUGCCAGUUUCAUCGGCUUUUUAUCAACAUUUUACAUAACAUUAAUUGUUAUGAUUGAAUAUAUUAAAUUGCAGCCAAAAGAUGUUAGCAUUCGAACCGAGCCGAAUCGUUGGACCGAUAUUUUCAAAGUUUUACCUGUAUUGACAUUUUCAUUUCAAUGUCAAACAAGCUGGGUGCCCACUUUUGCCGAAACAAAGAAUCCCAGUUUUAUUCGAAUAUUUGCCAUGAUUUUCUGUUCAAUGUUUGUUUGUUUUCUAAGUUAUUCAUCGACUGCUAUAUUUGGUCUAUUGACAUUUGGUUCGGCAAACAUACAAAAAGAUAUGAUGCAAAAUUAUGAUCCACGUGAUCCAUUCGUAGCCAUUGGGAUGGUCCUUUUGAUCAUAAAAACCAUCGUUGUUUAUCCAGUUUUAUUAUAUUGUGGUCGCAUUAUAAUCGAACAAUUGUUUCCAUUAGCCGAAGAUACUCAAUCAUCUAAACGACGAAGAUCAAUACGUAUAACUUGUGCCAUAAUAUGGGUAGUGACAUCGGCAACGUUGGCAAUUUAUGUGCCAAACAUUGGCGUUGCCAUCAAUUAUCUAGGUUCGUUGGCCAAUCUAUUUGUAUUCAUAUUACCCGGACUAUGUCUAUACAUGAUCCUGUUUGAUGAGCAACAAUUUGAAUUGAUCAAACAUGAAUAUGGAUUUUUGGCUAACAAAUCUUUGAUACUAGUCAUUUCUACUUUGUUCAUUUCAUAUGGAAUAGGAGUUUUUGCUUAUUCAAUUUGUCUUUCAAUUUUGGAACUCAUUCGAGAACAAAUGAUUCUUGAACACUUGUGAAUUUAUAAAGAAUUGACACUCAUAAUAUGAUAUAGUAGGAUUUUUUAUUUAAUAGACAAAUCAAUUAUGUGUAAUGAAUUCAUUUUGACAAACUUUUUUUACUUUAAAAUAAUUUCCAUACUCAAAUAUAAUUUUCAAUAUCAAGGGGAAACGAUGAAAGUGGAUAUAUAUAAUAUAUAAUACAUGAAAUUAA